GAAAUGGGUUCCAUUCAAAUUCGUAUCGAUACUUCGUACACCACCUAAUAAGGCGAGGUAGAGGAGAGACAAUCUACAACGAAAGGGUGAAAAAAAGAAGGAAAUCCCCAUUCCGUCAUGAUACCCACCUACCUAACUUAGGAAUACCUCAAUACCUAGAUACUUCCAUCUACAAAUCGUUCGCUGUUGGAUUGCGCAUUGUGCCAUCGCCGCGUCCGACCGCGUCCCGGCUUAUUUUUCUCCAUCUCUUUAACCCCCCUCGACUGUGACCCAUCCCAAUUAAUUAUCGGCAUCCCGUACAUCAUCUGGAAAAGAAGAGAACAAGACAGAGAGUGGCUGCAGCAGCAAGAGCAGUGGGCACUGAGCACCGACAAGCAAAGCAAGCAAGCAAGCAGGCAAUUAAUCAAUGCAGAGCGAGAGCGAUAUUAUUCCCACCCCGUCAGGUCAAGAUACAACGUAGCGCCAAACUCAACUCGCGUCCUCACUCUGCCACUCUCCACUACCACACCCUCCCCCAAAACUCAAUCUUUUUUUACCCUUCCACUUCUGCGCAGCAACACUCAAAUAUCAUUCCGGCAACGCCCCUCCACCUUCCCUCUUUUCCUUCUUUUUCCCCUCCCCCCCUUGUCCCCCGAUCCGCGCAUCUUCAACCAACAACGGGCGACAGCGACAAAAAGCGACCACAGCGACAACGACGUAACCUUCUACCACAACCUGCCCACUGGGCCAACCCAAUACAGUCCAGGGCUUAUAGAGCUCUUUUCUUCCUCUCCCUUCAUCGUCCGCGGUCAAUCGACGAUAGCACAUCAUGGCGUGGUCCAAGUCGACGCGGAUCAGCAUCAUGCUGGCCAUCGAUGUCGUCUUCUUCCUCGUCGAGUUGAUUGUUGGCUUGGUUGUCAAGUCGCUGGCCCUGACUGCCGAUGCCUUCCACAUGCUCAACGACAUCAUCUCUCUCUGUGUCGGGCUCUGGGCCGUCGCCGUUGCAAGAAAGGCCACCACCGAUAAGUACUCCUACGGUUGGUUGCGGGCCGAGAUUCUCGGCGCCUUCUUCAACGCCGUCUUCCUCAUCGCCCUCUGCGUCUCCAUUAUUCUCGAGGCCAUUACCCGAUUCUUUGACCCUCCCGAAAUCGAAAACCCCGUCCUCAUUCUCGUUGUUGGUGCAUUCGGCCUUGCCUCCAACCUCGUCGGCUUCUUUGUCCUCGGCGGCCAUGGCCACUCCCACGGCGGCGGCCACGAUCACGAUCACGGCGACGGCGAGCACGACCACGGACACGAUCACCCCCACUCUGCAGAACACGCCGCUGAGGAAGGCCGCGCCCACGUCUCGCACGCUACCGACAACGAUGGUGGCAACGUUGGCGAUGUUCUUCCCGAAGCCAUCGUCGCUAGAGCCUCCGCCGGUGCCAACCCUGAGACGCCCCGUCGCAUUCGCUUCGAUGGGGAGCCCGACCCGUCGGGCCGAGCCCAAAGCCGCACAUCGGCCACCUCCAAGAGCCAGAACCGAAGAAACAGCUCGCGAAACCACUCGCGUCUCACUAGCAUUGAGGACAUCAGCAUCUAUCCUUCGAGCUUCCGCCAGGAAAUUAUUGACGCCAGCCGUUCUCAGCGUGACGGACAGGAAUCGACCACGAGUGAGAGCGAGGUUGAGGAGACUGUCAUCGAGGAUGGCGAGCCUGAUGAGCAGUCGCCUCUGCUCAAGUCUAAGGGCAACGACCACUCCUACAUGAUCGAGAACUCCCGUGGCCGAUCCUCCCACAAGCAUUCGAGACGCGAGUCCAGCCUUCACAUCGACCACAACCACAACAAGGAGCGCAAGAAGGCCUCUGGCGGCCACGGCCAUGACCACGGCGAUAUGGGAAUGAACGCCAUGGUUCUUCACGUCAUUGGUGAUGCUCUUGGCAACGUCGGUGUGAUUGUCACCGCUCUUAUCAUCUGGCUGACCGAUUGGCCUGGCCGUUUCUACGCCGAUCCCGCUGUCUCUCUGUUCAUUACUCUCAUUAUCCUCAAGUCCGCCAUCCCCCUCACGAAGGCGACCUCCAAGGUCCUUCUCCAGGCUACCCCCGACAACAUCGACCUUCAAGAGAUCCGCGAGGACAUUGAGAAGUUGGAAGGUGUCAUCAGCUGCCACCACGUUCACGUCUGGCAACUCUCCGAUACCAAGAUUGUUGCCUCUCUUCACGUCCAUGUCAACUUCCCAAUCUCCGCCGAGAACGGCGAGAAGUACAUGAAGCUUGCAAAGUCGGCCCGCAGAUGUCUCCACGGCUUCGGUAUUCACGCGGCCACCAUCCAACCCGAAUUCUGCGGUGACGACGAGCACCACAAUGUCACUGAGCCCGAGCACAUUACUCAAUACGAUGGCACUGCCAUUGCUGGCUCGCCAAAGCAGACUUGCCUGUUGCAGUGCGUAGAUAAUUGCGAAGCAGGUGGCUGCUGUACCGAGUCUACAGCUGCUGGAAGUCUGCGCAGCCAGUCUACCCAUAGCCACGAAGGUCACGGACACGACCAUGACCACGGCAACGGUCACAGUCACGACGACCAUGGACACUCUCAUUAAUUCGGUCCGCGGCAUAGCUCUCUCUAAUACCACCAUUUCUCAACAGAGCGCGGCACAUCUUGAAUAGGGUCCACGGGGGUUUUCAAUUUUCUUCAUCGCAAGGGCGAGGCUUUUUGCUUUCUUAUCCUGCUACUUGGAACUACCAAAAAGACUGGCGUUUAUGGGACUGGGGCAAGACAGAGGCAAGGGUGAAAGUUCUAUCACGCGCGUGAAUCCAAGAAGGAAGGGGACAGCGGCUCCAGAUCCGGGAUUGGCAGAAGCAACUUGAUUACGGCUAACAUCGGUGGGUGGCUCACGUUGCCUCCCCUUUCCAUCCUUCGUUUCCUUUUUCAGUUAUUUUCGAAGCGGUUGUGUCUUCCUUUUGUAGAAUAUCCCAUUAGCUCUAAUAUCAUCAAAGACGGCGCGAUCCAGUCAGGAUGUGGGGCGUGUACAACCAGCUACAGUCAUUGCAAACAAGAAAUACAAAUUUCAC